UGUCGUUAUAAAUUACAAUCCACUGUAAUGGUAACUUAUGGCCAUGAAUUAAUAUUUAAUACCUUUAUAUAUAUUAUAUAUCUUAUUUCAUGCUUAUGAUUUACCACUUACGUAACUACUAACUACCACAGAAUAAUUAUUAAAUACUUACUUGUCAAACAUUGUUGAUAUUUUCUUUUAACUGUUCAUACUUUGUUUAUCUUUCCUACAACCACAUACAACACUCAACACUUUUACACUUUUCUAUUCAAAUAAUAUUAAAUUAGAUAGCUGACACGGAUACAUUUCAAACAAUAAUAAAAAAACAUAUAUAGUUAAAAUGUCUGCUAAGCUAGAAUUUGCUGUUAAAAUGUCUUCUCCGUUAUGUGCUGAUAAAAUACAAGAUCAACUAAGGCAAAAUGGUAUUUCAAAAUCUAAUAUUCAUAUAUCUUAUGAAACUGGAACUGUUACUGUUACUACGGAUCAACCAUCUUCCCUUAUUUUGAAUUCUAUUGAAAAAACCGGCAUUAAAGCAGUACUUAAAGGAUAUGGAAGUGCUACAUAUGACAAGAACUUAGGCGCUGCUGUCGCUAUGUUAGGUGGAUCAACUGGUUAUAGCAAAUUAGGUAUAAAAGGUGUUGUUCGGUUUGUUCAGAUAAACAAUAAUGAAUGUAUAGUGGAUGGUACUAUUGAUGGGUUAUCUCCAGGAAAACAUGGCAUCCAUGUAUAUGAAUGCGGGGAUUUAUCUAAUGGAUGUGAUAGGAUUGGAGAUCAUCUUAAUUUGAAACAAACGUCACAUGGUAAUCAAACUGAUGGCCCAGAUUUUAGGCACACAGGUGAUUUAGGAAAUAUCACUGCUAAUGAAGAUGGAAGAGCAAUAUUUUAUUUUAAAGAUAAAUUAAUAAAUGUAUCACAUUUAAUUGGUCGAGCAGUUGGUAUUACAGAAAAUGAAGAUGAUUGUGGUAAAACUAAAAUCAAUACAUCAGAUGUUGAUGGAAAUAGCGGGAAAAGAAUUGCUUGUGGUAUUAUAGCUAGAUCUUCCGGUUUAUUUGAAAAUAACAAAAAGAUAUGUGCUUGUGAUGGUGUAACACUUUGGGAAGAAAGAGAUGUACCAUUAGCUGGGCCCGGCAGACAAAGAAAAAUAUAAUGUUAAAAUAAUUAUAGGUAAUUUAUACUUAUUUAAAAGAUAUGUAUAUUACAAAUAUACAGAUCUUAAAUAUAUUAAACUAAAUAAUUGUUAUUUUGGUUUUAAGAAAAAGUGCAAUGGUUCUAAAGGUAAAAUAGUUAAUAAAAAUAAAAUAUCUUUGUAUCAAUUGUAUAUUUGUGUUUUUAAAUUCUAUACAUCAUGUUUGUUUUAUUGAUAUGAGGUUUUAAAGUAAUAAAAAUUUCAGUUUAAAAGUA